AAAAAAAAAUUGGAGUCCCAAAUCAAAACGACGUCGUUUCUCUUAAUACUGCCCUUACUGUUUUUCGCCCUUUUCUGGAAUCACCUCCAUCUCCAUCUCCUACUCCCAGCCUGAUUCCUUCCCUACCCGCGCCCACUCCAAUCUCCGCUAUUUCCUUGCCAACUACUCCUUUGUCAUGGCCGCCGCUUGCGCACUAUCCCUCUUCACCGCCUCGUUCUCUCGCUCUCCUCUCCAUAAUCAUUAUGCUCUGGAUCCUCCUCUACUUGUUCAGAGAAGACCCUUUGGUGCUGUGGGGCCAUAGCAUAAGUGAUUAGUGGGUGCUCUUCUGUUUGGUCGGCAUCUCAGUCUUGGCAGUGUGGGUGUGCGGCAUGGUGGAGAAUUUGGUCAUCGGGUUCGGCGUUGGAUGCUUAGUUUGUGGGUUCCACGCGGUUUUCAGGAAACUUGAUGGACUGUACUUAGAAGAGGAUGAUGCCGUUUGCUAUGGUUUGGUACAUUGUUCUGGAUCUUCAAGAAUUGGAGGAGUUGAGGAAGUGACGGAGAUGGAGAAGGAAAUGAUUCCAGAAGGCUUGAAGGAGGCGAGGGAGAUAGAAAUGGUAGUGAUUCCAAAAAGGGGCAAAAAGUAUGAUCAGAGAUGGUUCACAACUCUGGUGAACUCUGCUAUCUUGGGAUGUCCAAAACAAAACUCUGAGUCCUUCUGGGCUGCUUCUUCUUGUCUUCAGCGCUUGUUGGCAUGGAUGAGGGCAUUGCAAACCAUUAAGAGAAGUUUGACAGAUCCCAAUAAAAGUUUGACUAGAUGGAAUCGAGGAGAUCCAUGCACAUCCAAUUGGACUGGAGUUUCAUGCUCUAAUACACCCCUAGAUGAUGGCUAUCUGCAUGUCACAGAAUUGCACCUGCUGAAUAUGAAUCUUUCAGGAACUUUAUCACCGGCACUUGGCCGCUUGUCUCGUCUGUCAAUAUUGGAUUUUAUGUGGAACAACAUAAGUGGGAGUAUACCAAAAGAGAUUGGCAAUAUCAAAACCUUGGAGCUCUUGCUCUUGAAUGGGGAACCACUUGACAGACGAGACAGAUUCAAGACCUCCAAUGGCAGAGGUGGUCCGAACUCUGGAAACUAUAGGGCUAAUGAUGCCAAGGUACUCUAAACCCUUGCUAGUAGAAUCCAUGGAAGGUGAACCAGAAAAGAUAUCUACUACUCCACCUUUGUCAUUCUCUAUGAUGAUCUGAAUUUUGAGUUGAGUGGGGUUAGGAAAAUGGGUGAGUUAUUAUUGAUAUAAUUUAUUAUUAGAUAUAAAAAAAA